AUGUCGGCCAUGCUCAUAUAUCCUAAUUCCCUCCUCUUGACGUUGCAAACACUUUCAAACGCCUUGAAAACUCCUGUUCCCAUGCCCCAACCGGCAGAUGCGAGAGUGUCCAUGACCCUAAGCCUAUACAAGAAGUCCAUGUUUCGCAACAUAAGUCCCCAUACCCAAGGCACCCAAUUUUUUUGUUUUGCUGCCGUCCCUGCUGAUCCUCAAGUGGCGGCGGUGUCAACCCGCGCCCCAUCCCGAAGAUGGUGGAAUGAAUGCAAAAAGAGCAAAGAUCUAGAAAAUGGUAAAACAUGA